CUAUGAAAUAUUUGCAUAAAAUAUUUUUUCACUUGUUUGUUGUAAAACAUAUGAAAUAAAAACAGAGUUGGUUUUAUGUUCACAUUGUGACAAAAUAUUUGCCGUUUUUUGUUUCAUGAAACAGCUGUCAAAUAGCUAAAAAUAUAAACAGAAAAAACUUGUUUGCCGCCCGUUCAGAUUGAACAAAAUAUUUGUGUGAAAUAAUUGUUUAGUGAAAUAGUAAACAAACAGAAAUUUAUUUGUUUGAAAUGAAUAAUGAAGAUACUUUUCUUCUUUUAUGCUGUGGUGUUGUAUCAGUAAUUCUUUUGGAAGGGAAAAAAGAAAAACAAGAAAGAGUAUGGGUUCGUGAGUGGGUGCGAAGGCGAAAAGAGGAAGGGUGUUGCGCAAAGUUGUUGAAAGAGCUUCGCUUGGAAACUCCAACACUGUAUCACAACUUUUUAAGAAUGAAGGCAAAAGAUUUUGAUUAUUUGUUAAAUCUAGUUAAGCCUCUAAUAACGAAGCAGACUACAAGAUUCCGGGAACCCAUUUCUGCCACCGAACGUUUAGCGGUUACUCUUCGUUACUUGGCAACAGGUGAGAGUUUUAGAUCUCUCCAGUUUGUAUUUCGGAUACCGUUUAAUACAAUCUCGGUUAUAGUUCCAGGAGUUUGUAAUGCAAUUUACAAUGUACUUCAGCCGGAAUAUUUAAAGACACCAUCAACCAUCGAAGAAUGGAAAGCUAUAUCUGAGGAGUUUUUGCAUAAGUGGAAUUUUCCCAAUUGCAUAGGAGCUUUAGACGGAAAGCACGUGGUUAUGAAAGCACCAGCACAUUCAGGAAGUAUUUAUUACAAUUAUAAAGGCACACAUAGCAUAGUCCUAAUGGGGAUUUCGGAUGCAUCUUAUAAAUUCCUGUAUAUUGAUGUUGGAUCAAAUGGUCGGAUAUCAGAUGGUGGCGUUUUUCGCAAAAGUUCCUUCAAUGAAGCUAUGACCAAUAAUAAACUUAAUUUGCCACCUUCUGAACCACUUCCAUCUAGAAAUAUUCCGGUACCAUAUGUGCUUGUUGCUGAUGAUGCAUUCGCUAUCUCACCACACUUGUUAAAACCCUAUAGCUUGCGAACAUUAACGGCAACACAAAGAAUUUAUAAUUAUAGAUUGUCAAGAGCGAGAAGGGUUAUAGAAAAUGCUUUCGGAAUUCUAUCUGCUCGUUUUAGAAUAUUACGAAGCGCAAUAAUGCUUGAACCCACGAAAGUACGCACAAUAACUUGUGCUUGCUGUGCUCUGCACAAUUUUUUGAUGACCCAAAAAAAACCGUAUAUUUCAAUCCGAAAUUGGUUGACCACUAUUCCGAGGAUGGCACUCUAAUCCCUGGUGAAUGGCGGAAUGACAUCGACCAAAAUUUACCAAACCUCCGACCACACCGCUCAUAUGUUAAUCAAGAAACCUCAGUAAUUCGAGAAGAAUUCUCCCAAUAUUUUAUUGAAGAGGGAGAAGUUCCGUUUCAAUAUAAACAUAUAUAAAAAUUCUACAGAAAGACUGUUGGUUUUUUAUAUAGCUAAUUCAGUUAUUAAUAUUACCACGAUAAUAAAGAAAAUUUAUAAAAAAAAAUAUGAUUUUCUUAAUUUAAAUUUCUAAAUCGGUUAUAAAUUUCUACUUGUAAAUAGUUUACAGAAAAAAUCAAAUAAAUAAUAAUAUUAAAACUAUGAUUCAGUCCAGUCUAGCCUAUAACCAAGUCUAAAGUCUAGACUAUAGACUACAUUAUAAACUAGUAUAUUCUAUAGUCCAGCCUACAG